AUGCACUGCUUCAGAGUAAAGAGAGGCACAUUUGGACCAGAAUUUUCUCCACUCCACUCGAAUACUGACCAAAAUAUGAGAGGAGUCAAAUCUACAUCUCUUAUGACGAAUACUGAGGCUAAUAUGCUAGCUGUCCAGACUCCUGCAUUUUUCUUAAAAAGGAAAAGACACGUGAGGUCAGCUUUCGCUAGAGCCGAGCAACAUGGAUAUGAUGGUGGAACAGGGACAACACCUCUCUGCGCCGAUGGCUUACAUGAACGAAAACCCUCUUUGGUCAUGCCUCACAAGGUGGCCUGUCUUUUUGCCGCAAUGGGCUUUAACACUAGGACGAAGGCCAUGACCAAUGCCACAAUGGCAAGCUUCUUUAGAAUACUGGAACUGCGUGCGCCAAGAGAUGUGAAGCUGACUGUAAUAGAUCCAAUUGGUGGAGCAGGAAGGUGCAUUCCAAACUGCCGACCUACCUGUGAAAUUCCUCCAGAAAUGACUCCAGAGAAUAAAGUGAACAAUAAUGUUAGAAUGUGA